GUGUCGUGUCGGGGCUGUCCCUGUUAUUUGAAUAUACAGUAGUUCAGCGGGGCUGGAAUCGGAUUGCGUCGGAUGUUUUUUUUCGUCUUGUGAGACGAUCACAGCGGGACGUGGAGCUGUCGGUCGUCGGAACAAACAGUGGAGAGACGCUGCAAAGCCAACCAGGAAUAUGGACUUACACAUCCUGGACCACAGGCUGCGGGUCACCAGCAUUUCCAAGAACGGGCUGGUGAAUUUCACACACCCCCUGAUUAAACUGAUCUUCCUCCGGAACCGGACACGAUGCGAGUUUUUCAGUCUGACAGAGACACCAGAGAACUACACUGUCGUCCUUGAUGAGGAAGGAUUCAAAGAGCUGCAGCCCUCAGAGCACCUCCAGGUUGAAAGCUCCAUCUGGCUGCCGCUCAACGUGGUCUCCAACGGCAACGCCUCCAGCAGCUCUCAGGCCGUCGGCGUGACCAAGAUCGCCAAGUCGGUCAUCGCCCCCCUCGCCCAGCAGCAUGUCUCCGUCUUCAUGCUCUCCACUUACCAGACCGACUUUAUCCUGGUGAGAGAGAAAGACCUGUCUGUAGUCGUCACCACUCUGGAGGAGGAGUUUAACAUCUACAAAGAGGUGGGAGGAGAGUCUGUCCCUGUGCACUGCCAGGAUGUUUCCAACGGCCUCCAGAAGAACGGCAAAGAAGCCAUCCAGCCCACAGUCCACCCGGUGCUGAUCCCCCAGAACCAGUUCUGCGUCAUGUCUCUGGACCCGGACACGCUGCCGUCCAUCGCCACCACGCUCAUCGACGUCCUCUUUUACUCCAACAGUCCUAAAGAAGACACCCAAUCAUCUCCGAGCCGGGACUGCAUCAAGUUCUUCUCGUUCUCCCUCAUUGAUGGAUACAUCUCACUGGUGAUGGACACUGAGGCCCAGAGACAGUUUCCUGCCGAUCUUCUCUUCACCAGCUCCUCUGGGGAGCUGUGGCGGAUGGUUCGUAUUGGGGGACAACCGCUGGGUUUUGAUGAAUGUGGAAUAGUCGCCCAGAUAUCUCAGCCUCUCGCUGACAGCGACAUCUCUGCCUAUUACAUAAGCACCUUCAGCUUUGACCACGCUCUGGUCCCUGAAGAGGACAUAGUGAGUGUGACAGGCAUGCUCCAGCAUCAGAGGAAAGAACCGGCCACCAGCUGAUUUCUGAAGCAUCGACUGAACCGGACGAUCCCGGCUCUGUGUUAUCUCCCCACAGUUCCAGUGGUGAUGGGGUGGCAGGCCAGCAGGGGGAAGGAGGCUAACUCUGUGCCUAGAUUAGCACUGCAUUGCUAGCAGUAUUAACUACUACAAAUUUGCCAUGAACACCAGAAGCGCUUCUCUUCUGUGUACACACAGGUUGACUGUGAGGCUUCCUGUCUUGCCUACACGAGGCAAGAUGCACUGAGUCCCAGGGGGCCCACAAGCACACACACAUGCACAUCCUCAUGCACACACAAGAACACACGUAUACACUACCAGUCAAAAAGUUUGGACACAGCUUCUCAUUUAAUGUGUUUUUCUCUAUUUUCAUGACUAUUUACAUUGCAGAUUCUCACCGAAGGCAUCAAAACUAUGAAUGAACACACAUGCAAUUAUGUAGUCAACAAAAAAGUGUGAAAUAACUCAAAACAUGUUCUUCAAAAUAGCCACCCUUGGCUUUGAUUACUGCUUUGCACACUGUUGGCAAGAAUCUAACAUAUAAAACAUGUUUUGACUUAUUUCACACUUUUUACUUUAUAAUUCCAUGUGUGUUCAUUCAUAGUUUUGAUGCUUUUGGUGAGAAUCUACAAUGUAAAUAGUCAUGAAAAUAAAGAAAAAACAUGAAAUGAGAAGGUGUGUCCAAACUUUUGGCUGGUAGUGCGCAUUGUACCAGUGCUAUAAACGCACAACUUAGUCUUCCAGUAAUGUUCAUAUCAUAACACCAUGUGUCUAAACUACCGUUUUUGUUUGUUUGUUUGUUUGUUUGUUGUUUUACUGCAAGAUCUGACACAAAAAUUGCUGUUUUACGUUUCUGUUAAAGUGUGUAGCUUGAAAUGCAGGUCAGUUGUGAGAACAUUACUAUAGUUUUCAUGCAAAAGAAACCUUAUACAUGACAACUUGUUUUCAGUUUGAGAGGAAUGUGCAGAUUCUUGUAAGUUGAAACUACUGCAAAUGCUGUAGGGGUGUUUUUUUUUUGUUAAUAAGCGGUCAACAUUUCUUAACCAUGACAUUAAGGUCAAUAACACUAUGUCUUAUUUUUUGUUAUUUGCACAAACGUUUAAUUUAGCUAAUAUCACUUAGAUGUUUCCUUUGGUACAACUACAUUUUAUACAGUUUGAAGUAAAACUAUUCUGUAAACAUUUGUAAUUUUUGUGCUGCUUCAUUUAAUAAAAAUGAUUGAAAAUA